UUGCUCGCUCGCGUCGUUCUUCGUCCUCAGCCAUGGCCAACCCAGCUCCCGUCUCAGAUGGUAUCGGUAUCGCAAACCUUCCCAACCAGAGGCACAAAAUCGUCGCCAAACAUGGGGCCCACUUCACCCUCAUGGUAGUUGGCGAAUCUGGUCUGGGGAAGACUACGCUCGUUAACACGCUCUUCGCUACUGAGCUGUCUCCCCCAAAGAACUACGCUCGCCGUCACCACAAGCAGCUCGACAAAUUAACCGAAGUCGACAUCAUCAAGGCUGAGCUCGAGGAGAAGCAGUUCAAAGUAAAGCUCACCGUCAUCGACACGCCUGGGUUCGGCGACUACGUCAACAACCGCGACUCCUGGAGCCCGAUCGUCGACUUCAUCGACGAUCAGCAUGAAGCGUACAUGCGACAGGAGCAACAACCCCAGCGUAGCGAAAAGAUCGACCUUCGUGUACAUGCUUGCCUGUACUUCAUCAGGCCCACUGGUCACACACUCAAGCCUCUGGAUAUCGAAAUCAUGAAGCGUCUCGGGACGCGUGUCAACUUGAUCCCCGUCGUUGCAAAAGCCGACACACUGACCCAAAACGACCUGUUCACUUUCAAACGGCGGAUUCGCGAAGUCAUCGUUGCGCAGGGUAUCCGUAUCUAUCAGCCUCCCGUAGAGCCCGAAGAUGAAGGUGCUGUUGAGCAUGCUCGCAUGCUGGCCGAUGCCAUGCCCUUCUCCAUCAUCGGUUCCACAGAAGAUGUCAGGACGCUCGAUGGACGCACCGUCAAGGGCCGCGAAUAUCUCUGGGGUGUUGCCGAACUUCGCUCCCUGCUCAUUCGCACACAUAUGCUGGAUCUCAUUUCCACUACGGAGGAGCUCCACUACGAGAACUACCGCCAGCAACAGAUGGAGACCAGGAAGUUUGGUGAACCGAAAGUUAAGAAGGUUGACAAUCCCAAAUUCAAGGAAGAGGAAGAACAACUUCGUAGACGCUUUACGGAGCAAGUCAAGGCAGAGGAGGCACGCUUCAGACAGUGGGAGCAACACCUUAUCGCCGAGCGCGACCGUCUCAACAAAGAUUUGGAAUUGGCACACAUCGAGCUCGACAGUCUUCAGGCUGGCUAUGGCCGUGGCAGUGCCAGACGAUGAGCGCCUCAGUAGCCCCCACCCACUGCCUCUACAUAAACCUGCUUCACUGCGUAUACCCUACCUGCUUACGCUCCUUCUCCAUUACCCGUGCAUAGCGAAUCACGACCUCUCCUUUCUUUUGGUUCCAUGUUUUCCCUGCCUUUCUCGACGUUUGGACUACGCUAUUGAUUGCCUACCUUCGAUCGUGUUGAGCGUGAUGAACUUAGAAUAAUAAACUCAGUCCUGUAUUGCGUUGAAACCACUAAGCGAUGAGGCCAAGCCACAAGUGACAACCAGAGGAAAGCUGGCUGGAACGUAUCUAUGCAUCCUUCGCGAGGCAACUGAUACUGUACUUCUGUGGCCCCAGUUUACUGAAUAAUUGACGGCUGG